UUCCUUUGUGUUUUACUGGUGUUGCCUUCAGCCAUAUUAAAACAUGUCGUCUGCAAGGAUGAAUUACUCUGGAUUCUUUGGAGUGACCCUCUAUCUCGCUGCUACAAUAUGCAUUACACUAGCACAAUUGGAGUGUGCCAGGUAUCCGUUAUGCGCCGACAGCAUGUUCAAAAAGCCCAUUGUGAUAGAAACUCGCUUCAACAACUCCUUUAUUGAAUCUGUAAAGCUUUUAGAACGCUACUCGUACUACAAAUGUGAACCCAAAGAGGAAAAAUACGGAAUCGGAGCAGAUAGCAAAGAAUGGUGGGUGUUCAAGGGCUGUGGAGGGGUCUUUGAGGUCAAAGAGUGCGCAGAAGAGGCUAAUGUUGCAUUGCAGCAGAAACCGAAAGAGAUGAUUAAAAAUCACCAUCGUGAAAUUGACAGGAAGUGCCGUGUUGGAUUAGGGUUGGAAAAACCAGAGAAAGUGUCGGAGUCUUUUUAAAAGUCCACAACUGAUUGUGAAGUUAAUAAAUUAUUUACUAUUUCA